UGAAGAAAAGAAAGGCAAAGAGACAAGAGAUACCACUAACCCAUUCAUUUGGAUUUAGUCAUCAAUCCUCUUUCUCAUCAAACUACAAAACAAAACAAAACCAUUACUGCCCUUCCUUUUUAGUUUUUCGGCCCUUAGUUCCCGGCGGGAAAUGACUCCCCACUCCCCCUGUCUCAUUUGCUUGAGUUUUGCUUCCUCCUGUGUUUAGUCAACUCUUAAUCAUAGAGUUCCUGAAAUAAAGUAAGAACAAGUCCCCAAAGUCUCAACUCUCGCUCGUGCUUUGUUGCAGCGAAUGAAAGCUACAGACAGAUCCGAGACUGUAGAUAAAGGUUUAUCUCAUUUGUUCUUUUCCUCGUUUUCAUUUAGUAAACAAAGUCCAAGCUGAGAGGAAGAAAUGGCGAGAGCUGGAGGAAUCACGAACGCAGUCAACGUCGGUAUAGCAGUACAAGCUGAUUGGGAAAAUCGAGAGUUCAUCUCUCACAUCUCUCUUAAUGUCCGUCGUCUCUUUGAGUUCCUCGUCCAAUUCGAGGCUACAACAAAGAGCAAGUUGGCAUCCUUGAACGAGAAACUUGAUAUGUUAGAGCGUCGUCUGGAAUUGCUAGAAGUUCAAGUUAGUACAGCAUCGGCCAAUCCUUCUCUCUUUACCUGAUGCCUUUCCAGAUGGUUUUAUUUAAGUAAAAAUGUAUUCCCCCAAGCAACCCGUCAUUUUUUAUUUGUGAAUAACUUUAUUUGCUUUGGAACCCAGUUCACUGAGCAAUUUAUCUUCUUCCUGUUUUAUGUUUUUUUUUGUUAGAUUGUGAUUCCAGUGAAGUUGUAAAUCUUUUUAGGCUAUUUUAUAACUAAGUAGUGCAUGUAAUAUUACUGGACACGGAAUGGGGAAUGUACAAUCCAUUAGGUCCUUCAAACUGUUAAAGCCAA